GGUUUCAAGAUGCCUCACACAAUAUUACUUGUACAGCCUUCUGUAAAAAAACCAGAUACUCGCACAUGGUCUGACUAUGAAACUGUGGAGCAAUGUUUGGAGGGUGUAUGCAAGAUAUAUGAAGAGCAGCUAAAACGUGAAAAACCUAAUGCUCCUACCAUCACUUAUGAUAUAUCCCAACUUUUCCAGUUCAUCGAUCAACUGGCUGACCUAAGUUGUUUAGUUUUUCAUGAACCUACAUACACAUAUGUUCCACAUCAUAAAAACUGGAUCAAAGAACAAGUUUAUGUACUCCUAAGAAACCAAGCUGGCCAGUAAUUAACAGUUAAUGGACGUCUGUGCAACAAUUUUUGCUUGCAUUGUAACAUCUAACUGAAAUACAUGUUUUAGCUGCCC